UGAAACUGAGUUGGAAAACGUACCUCACUGCAUUCGGCAUCAGUUUUUUUCAAGAUGGCGAACGUGCGGGACAGCGACAUUUCACUCUGGCUGCACAAUAAGCUUGGUACAUCGAACGAUUCAUGGAUCAGCGGCUCAAUCACAUCGCAACUGAACAAGGAAGUGCUGCGGAACAUCAAGGAGUGUUUUCCGGACCUACAGACGCAGGUUAAGCUGAAACUGCUGCUCAGCUUUUUCCAAAUUCCGCGACGGAUAGUCGAAGAGUGGAAAACGGAGUUGGAAGAGGUGAUCGAAGUCGCUGGUCUCGAUUCGGAGCUAUGGGUGUCAAUGAUAGCGGAAACGAUAAAAACCCUCCCGACCACUGGCUCGCUGAACACGGAAAUCUCCGACUACGAGGAGACGCGGCCCAUCUUCACAGACAUGGUGAACGAGCUGCGGCGGUUGGUGGUGAAGAAUGCCGACCUCGGCAUGCUGCCGCUGGAGUGCCAGUAUCUCAACAAGUCGGCGCUCGUGUCCGUGGUCGGCCAGCAGACCACGCCGGUGAAACACUUUACGCUGAAGCGCAAACCGAAAAGUGCGGCCUUACGCGCGGAGCUGCUGCAGAAGUCUUCCGAUGCGCAGAGCUGUCUCAAGAAGAUAUCUGCACCGACAGUGCCUUUACGGUCGCGUGGCAUUCCACGUAAGAUGACCGACACGACACCGCUGAAGGGUAUUCCGUCGCGCGUCCCUACCGGGGGGUUCCGCUCACCGCCGACCACGCCGGGCCAAACGCGGCCAACGAUGAGUCGGACGCCCGCGGGCAGGAAGGAUGGCGGUAUCAAGCUGCUCGAAAUCGGCGAGCAACCGUUGGGCUAUGCGGCGGCAAAGAAGCGCAAACGGGAGCAGGAGAAGGAAGAGCAGGCUAAGAAGGUCGCAGAACAGCAGAGCCAAAGUGCGAACGAUACGAAACCCGUGGCCGUCUCACCAGUCACCUCAAGCCCGACCGUUACCACUACGCCCGACUAUGCGGCCGGUUUGUCUGCACCGUCGACGGUGUACAGUCAACCGGCGACCCCGAUGCCUGCCACAUCUGGCAGCAAGGAUACACCCGCCAUGUCAACGUCGGUUGCGGCUAACGCGCCGCAAGCGCAAGUGUCGCAGCCACAGCAGCAGCAACAGCAGCAACAGCAGCAGCAGCAACAACAACAACAGCAGCAGCAAGCACCAACAGCACAGCAAACGCAGCUUCAGCCACCCCAGCGACAACAGCAAAGUCAACCGGCAACAGUAUCUCAGCCGAAUCAGCAACAGACGCCCACAGCGGCUCAAACUACAACCGCUGACGUUGACGAGGAGGAGGAGGAGGUAGAAAUGAAGGAGGUGAAGAAGGAAUCCAUUAGCUUAACGUCGCCCACAUCGAUAGCGGUCAGUUCCGUGCCAAGCGUUGUCAGCUCGGCACCGCCUCCACUAGCUUACCCUACUACGAAAACGCUUUCCGCUACGGUCAUCAAAACGGAGGCCGUUGCAACCGGUACGGUCGGCAGCUCCAUGGUCACGCUGUCCUCGCAGCCACCAUCGUUAGUGCGGACGGUGCCGCUGACGCCGAAGCAGGCCAAAUCGGUGCUGCAAACGCAACCGGGAGCGACGGGCGGCGUUCAAAUCAUCCAAAAGUCGACCGGGAAAACGAUCAGCGCUGCGGCAGCCGCUGCUGCCGCGGUAACGAGCAGCAGUAACACGAACGCGCAGCAGAAAAUUGAAAUCAUAUCGUCCGAAUCGAUCGUUCCCAGCGCGCUGCAUGCUUCCAUUCCAAAAUCCACCACCAUCAUCAACCGGGGCGGCAACAUACUGUUCACCACGAAGCAGGUGCAGCCCGGUACGACCACCGCUGGCGGCGGGGGCACAAUAAUCCAGCAGAAAACGCCACUAACUUCGUUCGUGCUAAACACAUCGUCGCCCGGAAAGCAGCUUAACAUUCAGCGAAUAGUGUCGGGCGUCAGUUCUGCCAGUACGCCCAGCCUGACAACGACCCUGUCCCGUGCUCAGCAGCCGCAGCAAUUGAUCCAGCAGCACCCGCAGCAGAUUCAGGUGCAAGGAGCACAGGUUGCCGGGCAGGCCGGUACUCGGAUUGUGCAAAUCAAGACGGCCCCAACCAUGUCGCUGAACAACAACCAGCUGAUGCAGAAUAUUCCCCCACUCAUAUCGACCCAGAUGCCGGGCGGCGCCGCUCAGCCAACGAUCCUAAACAUCCAGUCGGUGCAGCAGCAACAGCAGCAGCAGCAGGGGCAGCAAAAUCAGCUGCAGAUAACGCCCACGGCAGUGCCGCAGAAGCGCACCAUCACGAUCACGGCACAGAACCCAACGACGGCCGGUAUGACGACCUCCGUCGCGCAAAUUCUCCAACAGCAGCAGCAGCUGCAGCAACAGCAACAGCAGCAGCAGCAGGCCCUACAAGCGACGGCUGCGGCAGCGGUCGGUCAGCAGCCCAAGUACACGCAGGUCGUCAUGCCGCCGAACGUGAAGGGCAAUACGUACUACGUCACCAACUCGGCCAACAUGUCGAACGUGCUGAACCAGAAGGGCGUCAUCAUUCAAACGGUGGACGCGUCGGGCAACACGGUGUACCAGCAGAUACCGCUCCAGAAUGUGUCCGGGCUGGGCGGGGCCACCAUACUGACCGGGCCGCCCGGGCUGAUCAAAACCGAGUCGGACACGAAGCUGAGCCAAAUACCCGCCCUGGUACCGACCAGCUCGCUGCAUCAAAAUAUUCCCGCCCUAACGCCCGUCGUCAUUCAGCCGAGCGGAGGGCAACAGCAGGGCACGACCGUGAUACAGCAGCAGCAGCAGCAACAGCAAAGCACCACCAUACCGGCACUAAUAACAAACAUUUCGCAGCAGCACGUGCAGCAACAGCAGCAGCAGCAGCAGCAGCAACAGGGACAGGUGAAGCAGCAGGUGAUUUUCCGCCCCGUCGGCGGAACGAACAAUGUGCAAACGAUUUUGCCACAGGGAAUUACGCUUAUCCAACGGCCCGGCGGGCAACCAAAGCUAGUGCAAACGAUUCAACAGUCCGCCGUCGGUGGUGUGCAGCAGCAACAGCAGCUGAUCAAAACGACAGCAACGGCGGGCCAGCCGGGCCAGCGGACGAUAAUAACGCAAAUACCGCAGCAGCAGCAGCAGCAGCAGCAACAGCAGGCGCAGCAGCAGCACACCAUCCAGUUCCAGGCACCGGGCACGCAGCGUACCGGCGGUACGACCAUUCAGCUAGUCCAGCAACCGCAGCAGCAAGCUCAAACCCAGCAGAUUCAGGUGCAACGGGCCCAGCUGAAACAAGUAACGCAGCAGCAGCAGCAGGGAACCACGGUUACGAUACAGCAGCAGUCGCAAGGCAGCGGUCAGCAACAGCAGGUACAGCAGGCUCAGCAGCAGCAGCAGCAAGCCGGUGCCAGAAAGGGGCUUUCAAUAUCGAGCAAGUAUUACAUGGAAGCACACGACAUGUUCAAACGCGCCAACUGCGUAUCGCGACUGGAGAAGGCGAUCAUUAUCGGUUUCAUGGCCGGCUACCGCAACAAUCCCAGACCGUCGCCGGAAAACGUCGUCACUAUCAAGCUGAACGAAAGUUUGGAAAAAGUGCACCAGGACGACCAGUCGACCCUUAUGCUGGUGGAGUCGCUUAUCACGCUCGACUACAACACGGGUCAGUGGCGAACAUUCCGUAAGUAUCGCGAGGUCGACCAAACGCAACAGCUGCCGGAAGGGGUGAGCGGGGACGCGACAACGGUGGCUGGUACGGCAAACCCGGCUGCCGGGGGAGGCGGCAGUGGGACGGCCUCAAACGCCGGACAGCAAAACUCGGUAGUUAUUUAAUAUUUAGCAUAGAGUGCACCAAAAACUGUACCGAAACGGCGGGGCAAGUAAGGAUCGCGAAGGUUUAUCAUUGCGCGGUGCAGCACUGUUGUUCGUAAGCACCAGGAGAACAGUAAAACAAUAGUACAGAGUAUGUAGGCAAAAGUAAAGUAAAGUAAAAAAGAAACAGCUGCAAACAAAGCGGCGCAAUACGAAGGUGUGAGCAUUGUUAGGCAAUUUAUGAUAUGUAUAUGUAAGUAGUACAUAUUUGUAUAGGACUGUAACUUUAAUAAUGCUAAACGUCGUACGUAAGGUCCGCGGGAAGGGAUGGCAGCAGCUUUUGCCGAGCGAUUCAAAGAAUCAGUGCAGUGCGCGUGGUUGGACUCUGUGGCUGUUUGAUGGAAGUGUGGGGGCAGAUGUAGCAAAACAACAAACAGUUUGAUCAGUUUGGCAAUGACUAGUUUUAGCGAGAAUAAUAUAUCAAUGCUAACGGUGAUUUCUGUUGAAGGAUGUAUUUUGUAUAAAUUAAUGGGGAAUAAUGGCAUCGAUUUGUUUUCUUGUUCUUUUGAAGAAACGCCACACCAACACAUUUGGUGGUGUUACGUUUCGUAAAUACUGUACAUAGAUGCAAACAAGCUUUUGGCAGAAGAAAAAAUGAACACGAGAAGAGGUUUGUGUUAACGCAAACUCAUGCGCUCUAGCACAGAGGACUGUCGUUAGGCAUGUGCAGCUUCUCGAAAUGAUCAACACCACGACGCCAGAAGAGCAUCAACGCAGUGUGUCAUUUGCAUUUUUGUUGAGAAGGAGUUUAGUUUGCGCAUACGAUUGUGAGCAGUUGUACCGAGCAAAGUGUACCAUGAAAACAAUAUCUGCAGUGCGCCAAGUAUCCUUUGCGCGCUCAAUGGACAGCAACAGUAUAACACACGGUUCAUUCUGCAAGGCCAAUGCAUGUUGGUUUGCCACAUUCUCAAGACAAUAGAAUAGCGACGGAGCAAGGAAGGGGCGAACGCGCUACGCUUUACUGUCUAGUGUUGCAUUGUAUCUAGUGUUUUGUUUUAGACCGUAGCGAAGAAAGCCUGCGAUCAUGUAUAAACUAAAAGCAUUUUAGUUCACAAGAGGCGAAAUAAGUGUUAUUAUGAAUUAUUAUUUUAGCGUCUGUAUCGAAAUUAAAACAAAAAAAGAGAUAACGAAAUAUAUGCAUACACAGAACGCGA